UUCAGAAGCACUACAACGCUGUUGACCGUACUAUCAGCAAUUGUUUGUUGCUUAUCCACAUAGCUCACUUUUUCCUAGAAUAUUUCCAGUAAAAAUGCACGCAACAGGUAUUUUCGCUUUCUUUUUCACUUGUGUAGUGACCUACUCCUUAGCGUUUCCUGGAAACGACGAAGUUAACUUCAGAAUUGUUGGUGGCAUCGAGGGUAAGAAAGAAAAGUUUCCUUACGCAGUGUCUUUAAGAGACGAAAACAAUAAACAUGUUUGUGGUGGCACGCUCAUUACUAAUGAGUACGUCAUUACUGCUGCACACUGUGUAGCAAGUGAUGAGGAAAUAUCUGUGGUUAUUGGCAGCGCCUAUCUAGAUCAAGGUGGAACCCGUACCAAACCAAUUUCCACACAUGUACACCCAGACUUCGACAAGAAGUGGCUCAGAAAUGAUAUAGCUGUACUGCAAAUAAAGAAAGAAACGAGUUAUAAAUCUUCAUUUCCUGCUAGACUGCAAACCAAUUUCUCGGAUUACGAAAAUCCGUGCUACAUAAUGGGCUGGGGUUGGACUCAAGCAAGAGGAGAACCAUCAAAUAUAUUUAAAAUAGCGGAGGUGCAACCUGUGAAACCGAAAAAGUGCCAAGAAGCAUGGAAAAGUGCGUAUUAUCCACGUCUAAUCUGCACCACUAGUAAAGGAAACGCGACGUGUCGCGGAGAUUCAGGAGGACCUUUAAUCUGCGAAGAUAAGUUAACAGGAGUCGUGUGCUUUGGCAAACCUUGCGGUACGGGAAUACCUGACACUUUCACAGCCGUCAGUUACUACAACGAUUGGAUUGAUUCAAUAAUAAAUUAGUUUGUUUCAUUAGUUGAAUUUAUUGAUGU